AGCAUAAAAUUGAGUUGUUUUUCAUUAAAUGUUUCAGUCACGAAAAAAAUGAACAGAUUCUUUUAGUGGGGAAAAACGCACCUGCAAUUAUUGAAGAACUCAAAUAAAUGAGAGCAGAAUUUGUAUCGGACAUGAAAGAAUACAGAAUUUAGAAAUGUAGAUUUUACAGCUACAAAGUUCUUGGUAAAAAAUUUGGCUGGAGUUUGACCUGUAAAUUAUGAAGAAAAAGUCUAGAUAGAGAAAAAGGAACACAAACGAGACAACAAACUUACAACUUAUACAGGAAAAUAAUACAUAAACUCAGCAAAAAUAUUUACGAAGUAGGAGUUGAAAUCUGACCUGUGAGUACAGCAAUAUAUCUGAUGUCAAAACUGUGGCUUUUGCAGAUAAUUUGUAAACAGCUGAACAAAUCACAGGAAAUUGCUGUUAAAUAAUUUAUUAUAAGAACUUAACCUCUUCAAGACAGUCCGACACAGACAGACAAAAUGGAGAAUAAAGCGGAUGUGAAACCAAGAAUAUGCUAUCAGAUAGGUAAUAAGAGCACUGCAAUGCGGACCAACAUACGCCCGAAGGUAUGUCCUUUGACCCCUAAGUGCGACCUUAACCUUGAAGUGAGCAAUCCAAAACAUGCGCUGAGACUGCACGUCGUCUCAAUGUGGUGAACAUUUGUGCCAAGUUUCUUUUAAUCCUUCAAGCAGUUCAAGAGUUACAGAGUGGACACAAAACAAAAUCAUAUGACCUUUGACCCCUAAGUGUGACCUUGACCUUAAAGUGCGUCAUCCAAAACGUGCGCUGUGCAUGUUGUCUCGAUGUGGUGAACAUUUGUGUCAAGUUUCUUCGAAAUCCUUCAAGGGGUUGCAGAGUUACAGAGCGGGCACAAAAUUGCUAACGGACGGAGAGACAGACAGACAGACACCAGGGGGAACUACUUUAUCAUGGACACAGAGCAGGUGAUCUCUAAUCCGUACCAAGAACUACAGUCUGAAGCUUUAGACAGUGCGAAGAAAACUUCCCUCACAGAACGCCUAACUGCUGUAAGAAAUAAUGUAUGCGAGCACAAUCUACGAACAAAAACUAGUCAUCUAGAAAAGCAACGAACAUUUUCCAUGAGAAACUUACAUAUGGACACCAGCAAUUUACGAUACCAAGUAAAAGUCAUGGAUAUAGAUAAACGUAAAAAUGACAUAGUGUUACAAAAACGACUAAGCCCUAAGAAAGACUUUUCAUACGAUAACAGACAAAUUUCUAACAGUGCUAAAAGACUUGGAAUAACUUCUGAAGAAUCUUUUUACCUUGACAGAAAACUACAAUACCCACUGCGUGGAAAUAUACUUAAGGAUCAUAAUGCUAAGCCUUUAAUAAAGAAAGCGAGAAAAACAAUGGCAGAUUACACAAUACGUAAGAAAAAUGAACAAACUGAAAUGGAAAGAGCUCAAACUGCACGAACAUUUGAAAGAGCAACUACUGCACACACAGUAUCAACAACAAUGGAAAUUCCUUCCCCAGAACCUUCAACUAAAGAACAAAAGAAAUCAAUACCAAGACAAGGUUCAAAAUCUGCGCCUCCACCGAAACUAUCUGUCACUGAACCUCAACGCACGAAUUCACGUCUAAGUGCCAUUGAUGAAACGGAUGCAAAGCUUCCAAACAUCACUACUAACAGUGUCAACUUAGUGACGCCUCGUCAAGCUAAGUCACAUGUUAAAUUUAAUGUUCGCAGAUCUCCUCCUUUUAGACAAUCCACUCCCGAGAAGCUUUACCGUUCUAAGACAUACUUCUCUGGAAUGCCCCGCGUAACGAGAUCAUACAGUGAAGGCUGGGAUAGUGAUGAUGAUGAUGAUUAUUUGUACUGUGAAAAAGUUGAUCUAAGAGCCUUAUUCUUUGGCAACAAAUCCACAAGUGGGGAUUCGAAAAGUGCUAUAAGCGGAAUCACAACGCCGCGUACAUCGAUAACAAGAAUGAGUGGUGAGAUUCCAAUCCAAUUUCGAACACAGUCAUCUAAACCAAAGGUCACUGAAGAAAUGCUAAUCAAAGAACAUAAAGAAAUAAAAGCGAAAAUUGAUAACUUUCUUGGAACAAUGAAAAAAGAUGACGAAAUAGAACUUGCAAAACAGAAGCAAGAAAAGGAAGAGCCCAAAGAAACAGAAGAAGACAAAGCGAAACAAGAAACAUUGUCUAAAGCUGCUAUUCUAUUAAGUGUAUUUUCAAAACCACUUGACCGCUCUAAAUCCUGGGGAUAUGCUCCACCUAGACAGGAAAAGAAACCUGUCAAAGUCGAAAAAACAGUUGCAGAGCUUGAAGCGGAUAAACCUAAAACAGAAACAGAAGAAAAAACCCAAAAUCCUAAAGACUAUUGGAAAUUUAUUAAAACCAAUGUUCAAAAUGGUAACAUUCAAAAGAAAAAAUAUACCGCUAAUGACUUGCUCUUGCAGCAACUGACUGGUAUACUGGUUCAUGCUGAUAAGAAAACUAACAUUCCAAUUCAUUCUGCCAGCAGAGCUCUGCGUCACACGCCAACAUUCAAAAUGCGCCGAGUUGUUGAAGAGUUAAUGAGACAGAGAACGCGAUAUGAGCAACAGGAAAUUGAGAAAUUGCAGCAACAAGAAUCAGACCUUGAAGGCGGAGUACCGAUCACAAACGAAUCUGGUGUGCAGCAUUACCCGGCACGGGCCUGGGCUACAGCAACACAAGAAGUAGAACAACCAUCUUGAUAAAAUUCAGUUUUUAAUAUGUUGUAAUCUGAGACUGCACUGUUUGCAAAGAAUUUAUUAUAGUAUUAAAAAGUGAACCAUCAGAUUUCUUCAAAAAGAAAUUGUUUUAUGUUGAUUCAAAAGAAAAUGCUUAUAAAUUCCUACCUGUUCACAAUGAAACGACUUUAUGUUGUUUCAAAUAGUAGAGCUUCAUCCACAAAGGACAAAUCAGACUUGUUUACAAAGAAACUGCUUUAUGUACUUUCAAGUGAUAAAGCUUCAUCCACAAAGAACACAUCACCUUGUUCACAAAGAUACUGCUUUAAGCAGUUUCUAGUGAUAAAGGUCCAUCCACAAAGGACACAUCAGACUUGUUCACAAAGAAACUGUUUUUUUAUGUGCUUUCAAGUGAUAAAGCUUCAUCCACAAAGAACACAUCAACUUGUUCACAAAGAUACUUCUUUAUGUACUUUCAAGGGGUAAAGCUUCAUCCGCAAUGGAAACAUCAGACUUUUUCACAAAGAAACUCAUUUGUGUACUUUCAAGAGAUAAAGCUUCAUCUACAAAGAACACAUCAGAUUUGUUCACAAAGAAACUGCUUUAAGUAUGUUUCAAGUGACAAGUCUUAAUUAUUCACAAAGGCUUCUACUGUUUUAGAUUCAAGUGAAAUAUCACAAGAAUUGUGUAAUGUAAGGUAUAAGUCUUAUUUAUUCACAAAAGAGUUUGUUUUAGUUUAAAUUUGUUCACAAAGAAAUCACUUUUCUAUAAGUGACACAAGUCAAACUUGCUGAUUUUUAAAAAGUGUUGGCUGGUACCUCACUAAGACAUUCUGUGUGAGGCAUGUGACAGAUUUAAACACUAGUAUGUGUGUGCAAUACAGAAAUAGGAAAGAGAACUGGAACAGAGCAGAAGCCAAACUAAUACUUUCUUUCAAAGGAAAUUUAUAGUUGUUUUUGCUGGGUUUUAUGCCAUGUCUUAAUUCUAUGUCAGAUGACAUCUUUAAUUAAAGCUAACAAAAUGGGCUUUGGAUUUUUAACGAGCAUUAUCUGCAAUAUUGCAACUGACAUGUUCCCAUUUUAUAGAAGAUGUUAAGGAUUCGCUAGGAUCAGAUACGACUGUGAAUAAUGAGCAAUACUGAAUGGUCAAUAUUAACUUACUGUGUUGACAGACUGAUACUGAUUGGACAAUAUAAACCCUGUGAACCCCCAAUGAAAGACUGGUGCUGAUUUGGUCAAGACAAUUGUAUAUUUUAUAAAUCAAAUUUGUUAAAUUUUCUGUUUUCAAAUGCCUGAAGUGUAUUUUUCAGAUCUGUUAUUUGUUAACUGUAUCAUCAUAAUUUUAGUAAUACUGCCUUAUUUCUUUGCAACAUAAAAAAGAAUUACAUUUUCAACAUAAGUUGUGUA